AUGACAUGCCACUUGCUGAUAUGUGUGGGAUUGAGUUCACCAACCGGACCAUGUGCUGCUGGUUUCUACUGCCCAGCAGACUUCAGUUCCUUCAGCCCAACAGCAUUCCUGUGCCCUGAGGGGCAUUUCUGUCAGUCUGGGGCUGCCUAUCCAACCCCGUGUGCUGCCGGUAAAUAUCAACCAAACCGGGGGUCUGAGUACUGCCUCCCCUGCCAAGCCGGGUUCUACUGCCCUGAAGGUAUCACAGGGGACUCCAAGCGCUGUCCACCACAUUCGUAUUGUCCUGCAGGUACAUUGGUUCCUCAUCCAUGUCCGGAGGGUACUUACACUCCUCCGGAUCUGUCCGGCCUUUGGGAGGAGAAAGGAUGUCUUCUUUGCCCAGCAGGCCACUUUUGCAGGGAAGGACGAGUGGAGGGGAGAUGUGCUGCUGGCUACUUUUGCCAAGAAGGGAGCUCAGAUGCCACCCCACAGGGCUAUAACUUCACCUGGAGCCCCCUGGCUCACUGUCUCUGGGGUCAGAUGUGUGCAGGACCCUGCCCAGCAGGGUUCUACUGCCCAGAAGGCUCAGAGGCACCCAUUCCUUGUUCAGAUGACACCAUUGGCUCUCUCCCAGGUGCCAGACAAAGGGAAGACUGUCUGCCCUGUCCACCAGGCCGCUGGUGCAAAUCAGGGGAUCCAGUAGCCUAUCCAUGUCCUUAUGGGCACUAUUGCUAUGGGAUGAAUCUCAGCAACCCCGGUGGAUUGCGGGCCCUCCAGCAGUGCCCCAGACAGGCUUUCCGAACAGAACUAGGAACUGAUAGUCAAUCAGAUUGCCAGCCCUGCUCAUCAGACUAUCAGUGCCCUGCAACAGGAGCCACUGCUUUUGGAGACUAUCCCUGUGCCCCGGGCUACUGGUGCCCAGAUAGAAGAGAUGCUUUCCUUUGCCCACCGGGCUCCUUUAGGACCCAGCCAGGGGCUACAUCUUUGGAGGAGUGUCACCCCUGCUCUUCCGGAUUCUACUGUCCGGAUCCAGCAAAGUCAGGGGUGCCUAACAUCCAUGGAAUACCUUGUGAACCAGGCUAUGAAUGCCCACCAGGUUCUCCUAAUCCUCAGAUAUGCCGGCCUGGCUCUUACUGUGGACCCCACGCAGGAAUUCCACCUCUGUGUCCUGCUGGAUAUUACUGUCCUGAGGGGUCAUCCACAUACAACAUUCCUGGGCAGCUGUGUGUCUAUCCCCACUAUUGCCCUCUUGGCAGUGCACAUCCACUUCUGUGCCCAUCUGGUUACACAGCCCUGAACACGACGGGCCGUAGGGACUCCUUGGAGAAGAGCUGCAGGAGAUGUGAAGCAGGAACUUACAGCAGCAACUCUGACAUCAGCUCACCCUGUUUGCCCUGCCCACCGGGAUUCAGCUGUCCUGAAGGUACUGCAGCUUACCUCCAGCAUCCCUGCCCCCGAGGGUACUAUUGCCCUGCCCUGACCCCUUCCCCAGAGCCCUGUCCUCCUGGUACUUUUGGGAACUGCAGCCUUGCAAAGCAGCUAGAGGAUUGCCACCCCUGCCCCGCUGGCUCUUUCAACCAUCUCCCGGCUCAAACUGGGUGUUUUCCCUGUGGGAGCUCUUCAACAUCCAAUCCAGGUGCUACCAGAUGUACCUGCCAUGGUAUGAAUCGAGCUUUCCAGGAGUCUGAUGGCUCUUGCAUUUGCCAAUUGGGAUACAUUUACUAUGACGAAAGAGGAAAGAAAACACCUGACAUCAACAGCGACCAGGACUGCCAGCCCCAGGUGGAGGAGCACUGUGCUCCUUGGGAGGUCCGCCUAGCAUCCACCCGCAAAUGUGUGUCUCCUGAGCUGUACAAUUGCUCUCCAGUCUGUGGUCCAGCAAAUGGCGAGCUCCAUGCAGAACUUGGCAUGUGUCAUUGCGGGCAGUACAUCUCUGCGGAAGAGCUCUGUGAUCACCUGUGCCUGUUGAGAGCCCCGCAGAUUUCCCUGAGAUUUGGCGCAGAGAGGGAACUGCUCCUGAGCAUCGAUGGGUCUGAGGAAAGAGAGAUACCAAAUAUCUUGGGACCUGAUGAACAUAUUCAGAAAAGCCAGCAGGUGCAUUUGGCUCUUUUUGGCCCCAGUGGAGUUUUUGGCUUCCUUCUUUCCAACACAGACAUGCUAGAUGCUUUUCUGGCAGGAGAUUCGGGGCUGCCUCCCUCACGGCAAAGAUAUCGGCGGGAUAAAGAGGACACAUCAUCUCAACAUGUUCCUGUCUUCCCCACAAUCCCAAACCCUGUUGCGUGCCUGGCUGUUGGAGACACUAUCCUUUUCCAGCUCAGUAUCAAUUCCUAUGAUCGAGUUUCCAGUCACUAUCCUGUCUAUCAGAAGCAACAUCUCUACAACAGUAACCCCCACUGGGAUUUCGGUGCAUUCAGAAGGCUGGACCACCUCAUUCAAGAAACUCAUCUGAACAUCUCCAGGUUCACCCAUGUUUUCCUUGAGCCCGGGACAUAUGUCUUCCGGGAUAACGCCAUUAAAGAUCGGAUACUCAUUGUGGUGGUCCAUGAGGAGACUGUAGGCUGCGACCCCCUUGUGGCUCCCUUCCAGCCCUCCUCUCCCUACCAGCUGGCUCGGCAUGGGGUCCUAAAGCGCCAGGUGCUGAAUGUAGCCCCAGACUGGGCAGCUAUUGCAGCUGUGCUCUUCAUCGUGGGAUUCCUCACAGUGGUCUUGACAGCCUUAUUUGUUCUGCUGAGACAUUCCAGCUCCGCUCCAAACCCAAUGAAGAGCUGGAAGCCACGGUGGAGAAGCCUGGGAGAGCCACACAUCCCACCUGAGUAUAUCCUUAUUAAAGAGAGCCUCCAAUUCUACGAAGCUCUUGGCUCCCAGGGCACUGGGGAAGAACCUGAUGCCGGGGAAAGAGGUUUUCUGGGAUUAGGGGACUGGUCCACAACAAGAGACCUGGAAGAUUUCAGCGUUCGUACUUUGUAUGACAAACUGGAGGACCAGAACCUGCAUCUGUCAUCACAGCUAGCAAAACACCGGGCAGAUGUCCUGGCAUUUUACCGAGGGAUCAGCCAGAAGAUCCAGAGUCUUUUGGAUAUGGUACAGACACUAGACAUGGAUGAACUGAAGGACCUCGAAAGGGCCAAAGUCCCCAGGGACAGAGCCAAAGUCACCUUCAGCUCAGCCAAGGAGAUCCAACAGAGUGAGAACUCCCCAGCCAAGAUUUCUGGAGUCUUGCAAGCAAUGGGUUACUCGGGUUCUGAGUGGCAGGAGGCAACUGAAUUAAUGAAAGUCCUGGGAAUUUUGCUGCGAAAAAUCCAUUUUGGGAAGGCGACAGUGAAACAAGAAAGAACGCAGAGGCACAAUGGGUCUGGGGGUUCUGGUCUGGCCAUCCGAGAGCAAGCUGGAACUCAGCAACCAUGCCCAGGUACCGGCUCACCGAAGCAGCAUGUGCUCUCCAGUGCACAGUGGGCCUCCCUUAGCUCCUGUGGCUAUGAAGACCAAGAUCUGAAGACUUGCAAGAGCAGCAUGCUUGCUUAUCUGAGCGAGCUGGAAGUAGAGGCCCUGAUGGCAGCGUCUCCCCUUGCCAAGACCCUGGGCGAGAUCAAGCAGUUUUUGGAGGCAUCUCAGCAGCACCCUCACUCGCUUCCGUCUCCAGGGGCAAGUGUAGAUGAUGGCUGUUCUCCUUCAGGACCGAGCACCAAUAGUGUGAUCCCCACCAACCUGGCCAGCCUGUCUCCUCGCCAUUUUGUGGUUUACCGUUUUGGCUGCACAGUAGCACGCCUGCUGGCAAAAGUCUUCUCUUUCCCAGCACUGGUACUCCUGUUGGCUCAAGAAAUCCCCAGACAAGGCCCUGUGGAGCUCCACUUCGCCAGAGAUUCCUACUAUGAUGCCACCAACAGGUUCCUGUACAUACUGUCAUCGCACCUGGAGAGUGCUGGGGGAUUUGUGGCAGUCCUGCUGAAUGCCAUGGCUCACAUCAAAGCAGGCCCUAAAGAAGCCAUCUCUCCAAAUGUUGGAUUUUGGAAAGAGCUCAACACAGCAAUCGCCACCCUAGCAGAUGCCUUUUUCCAGUGUUCUUGGGGAGCAGAAGAGAUGGCAGAGAAGAAUCCUAUGAAAAAUUGCUCACCCAUUUGUUUAGCCGCUCGGUCGAUUUUUGAAGAACUGCUGAGCAUCCAAAUGUUGCCUGGCCCUCACUUCCUUGAGAAACAGCCAUGGGAAAGGUUGCAACAUUACAAAAGUUUUCAGCUGCAAGUGGAGCUUCGGGAUAUAAUGGACAAUUCAGAGCAAAAUGGGGAAGAAGCCAGCAGCAGUGAGAAGACGACUCAGCAAGGAGAUUCCUCUGGCCUUCAGGUGAAGAUUGCAGAGCUGGAGCAGAUGCUGGAUGGCUUGAAUGAGGACUUCUUCCAGCUCACAGUGGAGGUCUUAACAAUCCAGAAGGAGGAGGAACAACUGGAUCGUGAGCUCAGAACGCAAGAGGAGUCAGUCUCAUUUGCUUCUCCAGGUGGUCUUUUGGGAGAGGAAGCACAGCACUUUUCAGAACACCUUGAGACUUGGGCUGCCAAGAGAGAUCAAUGUUUAUUGCUGGAAAUUAAGAGGAGUUUCAUUGCACGGAGAAUCAAAGACAUUGAACUGGAACUGGAUCGUUAUCUGAAAAUCCGUAGUGGUUGCCAAACUCAGUGUCUGAGGGAGGACUGA